CGUAUCGUUCACAUCGCCCUCAUAGCUUCACAGGCUAUACGCCACAUAGAUCUGCCUUUAGCUAAUCUGCAUCAUCUAGCAUGUAUAUUCGGGCAGUACAUGCAGAAGGCUCGCUGAAAGAACUUUUUGCCAUCAUCAAGCAGCACCCGCUUGGUCUCUUCAUUACUCAUCAGCCCUCUGAGCUCGCUGCGACUUUACAAGCUUCGCACAUUCCGUGGGUACUUGAUGUAGACAGCGGAGAUGCCAAUGGUUUUGGUCGUCUGCGCGGUCAUCUAGCUCGUGCGAACCCACAAGCUAAAGCGCUCAUUGAAGCAGCCAACCAAUUCAAGGAAGAGGCCCUCGUCAUGUUUACCGUCCCUGCACAUCAUUACAUCACUCCAAAGUUCUACAAGGAGACCAAACCAACGACAGGUAAAGUGGUACCUACAUGGAACUAUGCCGCUGUGCAGGUUUAUGGCAAGUUGCGCGUCUUCGGCGACAAGUCAGAUGAGGCUGAUGUAUUCCUCGAUAAGCAGAUUGAUGACCUGUCGUCCUUGUGCGAGGAGAGUAUGGGCUAUACUGGAGGGGAUGCGCCUCAGCCAUGGCAAGUGUCGGAUGCGCCGGCGCCGUACACUGCCAUCAUGAAGAAGGCUAUUGUUGGUGUCGAGAUUUCCAUAACACGCAUUGAGGGGAAGAACAAGAUGGGCCAAGAGCUCAAGCCUGGCGAUCGUGCUGGAUUGCUCGAUGGGUUAGAAAGUAUGGAAACGGAGGUUGGGUCAGAUAUGGCGGAACGCACAAGAAGACACGACCCGACAAGAUGCUGAGAUUACCUUACUAUAUCUGCCGUGUAUAUACAUCAACCUAGGUUACCCUUAAUGUUACGCUGCUGCC